UCAGUUCGUCGUAGUCUUCCAUCUGUUGUGUAACAUAUCGCUUUGAAUUCUGUCUUAGCUGAAAAGAAAAAUAAAUAAAUAAAAUUAAUUUGGUAUUUUAAGUGAAAGUUCAGAUUGUUCCUUAUUCAUGUCCUUGAUUAAAAAAAAAAAGAAAUUAUUGAAUUCAAGUGAAAGAGCACUUAAAAUAAAUUUGUUUAAAGUGAUUUUACCUAAUUAUAAUUAACUUAAUAAAUUGUGAAAAUUGAUUUCACAAAAUUUUCUCCAUAUUCAUUGAUGACUAUGCAGCAUCAUCCAGAAUCAACGGGAUACAUGCCAGAAGUACCAUUCACUCCACUAUGGGGUCAGGAGGCUCCACCACCACCUCCAAUUGUUCCAUAUCAAGAAUUAAUUGCUGGAUUUCCAUGCUCGGAUUUAGCAAUUUGGCCUCGAUCUCAGGUGUCCAGUUUGGUAAAUCAACGACUCUCUCCCCGAGGUGGUUUGCCAGCACCAUCGAAUCCGUCAGCUAAAAAACCUCGAAGGCGAGUUGCUUCAAUGGCACAACGACGUGCAGCAAACAUACGAGAACGCCGAAGAAUGUUUAAUCUAAAUGAAGCUUUUGAUAAAUUAAGAAGAAAGGUUCCAACAUUCGCCUAUGAAAAACGUCUAUCACGCAUAGAAACUCUACGAUUAGCCAUAACUUAUAUUGGCUUCAUGACAGAAUUACUAACUGGCACACCAUCGAAUUCACAUAAAAAUCGUUCUCCUGAAAUUUACUCAAGCAUGAAUGGCCAUCAUCAUCCAGGUCAUCAUUUGCAUCCAUCGUUUCAGAGAGAUUUCGUUUCACCUUAUGGACAUAGUUUGGCUUAGAAUAAUAAUAAUACACUUUCUGAUAUUUAAUUUUUUUUAAAAGUUUU